UUGGCGCUGACCGGGCCCCGGGGCCCUGGCCGGACCGGACGGCUGAGGGCCUGCGCGGCGAACCUGGUUUCUGGAAACUUUGUGCCGGCGGCCCCCACCUGCUCCCGGGCGCUUCUCGCAUCCUCUCGGCGGCGGGGAGAGGAGAGGCCCGGCGCCCGACGCAGCGCCCCUUCCUCACCGCCCGCCCCCGCCUCACUGGCUCCUGGCUCGCUGCCCCCCACCCCCACCCCCAUCCCCCGCCGGGCUGCUGUCCCACUGCGGCGACGCCUGGGCCCGGGUCCCGGCCCUCUGGUUCCUUCGCGAGCAUCCUUUCUGUUCCCCUCCCCCUCCCUGACCCCUCUGCUCCCUGGUCCAGCCAUGGCCUCCCUGCCUCCUCGCCCCGCCGCCACCGUUCGCUCGCUCCGAGCCACGGGAGCGUCGGCAGCUUUUCGCAUCUUCCAAAGGUUUCUGGUGCAUUGGUAGAAGCAACUUGACUUUCAGCAAUGCCAAGUAUUCAACUUGAGUAUUUCUCUACGGUGGUGGAUUGGUGUGCGCAGUGCUAGCAUGCCUUUUUAUUUUUCCUAAGUACCCUUGCUCCAAAGCGAAGUUGAGUUGUUUGUGUGCGAGAGGAGUUGCGUGCUGUGUGUAGCUGCCUUAAGUGGAUUGUAUCUGAUUUGUAUCCAGUCUGAUCAGCACUCACUCACUUAGGACGUUCCAGACUCAGGACUCCAGAGUGACCAGACUCCUCACAGCCACUGCAGAAGGCUGUGAUGACUCAGUAGCAUUUAAAGUACUGACAGAUACCUGUAUUUUGCAGAAAGGUGACUGUAAUUUCUGAUUCCUUGGUGGAGGAAAACAGAACACUCUGGUCUUGCUUCCAAUGAUGCAAGUGUGAUUGCUGGCGUCUUCAUGAGCUCCAGAGGUCACAGCACGCUGCCACGGACUCUCAUGGCCCCUCGGAUGAUUUCUGAGGGAGACAUAGGAGGCAUCGCUCAAAUCACCUCCUCGCUCUUCCUGGGCAGAGGCAGUGUCGCCUCCAACCGGCACCUCCUCCAGGCUCGUGGCAUCACCUGCAUUGUCAAUGCGACCAUUGAGAUCCCCAAUUUCAACUGGCCCCAAUUUGAAUAUGUUAAAGUGCCUCUGGCUGACAUGCCUCAUGCCCCCAUUGGACUGUACUUUGACACCGUGGCCGACAAGAUCCACAGCGUGAGCAGGAAACAUGGGGCCACCUUGGUGCACUGUGCCGCAGGAGUCAGCCGCUCGGCCACGCUCUGCAUCGCGUACCUGAUGAAGUACCACAACGUGUGCCUGCUGGAGGCGUACAACUGGGUGAAAGCCCGGAGGCCUGUCAUCAGGCCCAAUGUAGGCUUCUGGAGGCAGCUGAUAGACUACGAGCGCCAGCUCUUUGGGAAGUCGACAGUUAAAAUGGUACAGACACCUUAUGGCAUAGUUCCAGACGUUUAUGAGAAGGAGUCCCGACACCUGAUGCCUUACUGGGGGAUUUGAGCCACCAAAGCCUGCAUCAGCAGCCCCUCGAGCAGUACCAGCACCUGCUACACGCCGUCUGCUCCCCUCUUCACCUUUCUUUCCAAAUGGUUGACUUGGUUCUCCCUGAAGUGUUUUUUACACUGGGUGUUCACGUUUAUUUUGAGAGAGAGGGAGGGAGGGGAGGAACGUUAAGGGGAAUGCUUACAUUGCUACUAACAUUUUUAAAACUAACAUUUUGGAAUAGUGUUUAUGAAAAUCUUUAACUGGCUUUUAAUCAUUUUUAACACUUUGAACAGUUUAAUAAACUGUUUGGUUCUGCUCUGUUCUCAAUCUCAUGCCUUUUGGCAUCAUGGGAGGAGCUCAGUGCAAAAAAUCACUUUGGGCCGUGAUUAACCCUUUAGAUACAAGCUUUGCCCAAGGCUGCCGACCAAACAAAUGCUUAGGGAAUGUUGAUACCAGCGUCAGUCUCUACUGGAUCAGCCCUACUCUUUCCUUUCCAUUAUUUAGUGACUCUGUAAGUUAAAAAAACAAGCCUUUAUUAUUUAGCUGUUAAGUAAUUAUAAUGAAAUCUGCUGCAAACACCCUCUUGGAAUCAAUGUGUCCCCCAGGACUAUAUUAGCAUUAUUUUUAAUAAAUAUAUCUGCUUAACAUA